AUGCCCGCGAAUAUUGAAAGCCAGCACCUUAUACACCCCACAACAUUGGAUGUAAUUCUCCAUUCCCUGCCUGUGGCACUUGGCGAAAAUGGAGAGCUUGACUUUGAUCAUGCGGCAGUCCCCGUCUUCUGCGACAGUCUUAUUGUCGCUGCAGAUCUUCCUUCCGGAGCAGGAUUAGAGUUCCGGGGCUUUUGCACUGCGCGAAGACUUGGUCCUCGUGAGAUUGUUGCUGACAUCUGCUAUUCGGAUUCUGCAUGGACUGAGCCAAAAGUCUAUAUCCGAGGCCUCCACUGUCUGUGGAAGCCUGAUAUCCACUUUUCAACCCAACGAUCUAUGGAGCAGUACGUCUACGCAGAGCAUUCUGAUGUGACAGUCUUGGUCAAUUGUGCAAGGUACAUCGUCGACCUAGUUGCGCAUAAGAAUCCAGACAUUUCCAUUCUACAGCUUGGUGCUUCUUUGGAAUUAAGGACCAAGAUCUUGUCGCUUCUGACUGAUGGUAGCACUCAAGGUACUAAACGCUAUUCGAAAUACACGGUUGCUGUGAUGGACUCUCCAGACGCUGAGAACAGUGCCACAUCUUCUGAAAAUUCAGAUGAGUUGGUCAGCAAGCUUACGCUUAAAACAGGUUACGGCCGACUUUGGGUUACCUGGUCAGGCUACGGUAUCACUCUGCGACAUCGCAAACCUUCUAGGGCAUGGCGGUAUCGUAAUUUGUUAUCACGAUUUGGAGAGUUCCUUGAUCAGGUCGAGACACGAGCGGUCUCUCUUGGAUACAGUCGAGAGGCAUUUUCGAGUCGUGAAACUUCAACACUAGCGCUGAGAGAAUUUUCUGGGGUAGUCAAGACAGUCGGAAGAGAUUGCCAAAGCUUCGGCCCUGGUGACUUAGUCUGCGGCUACGAUGGCGGAUCAUAUCGCUCCGUUUUCACAGUGGACGAAUCGCAGUGCCAACGAAUUCCUGCCGCAGGGUCAUUUCAAGAAGCUGUAACUUGGUCGCUGACAUUUGUGACUGCAUAUCAAGCCUUCAUUAAAAUCGGUCAGCUGAGAGCUGGUAACGUCAUUCUCAUCCAAGACGCAUCUUCCGGUAUUGGACAAGCAGCAAUUCAAGUGGCUCUGGUGGUGAAGGCACAUGUUUUCGCCACCGCUAGAUCUGAGGCUGAAAGUCAAUUGAUCGAGAAGUAUGAAAUACCAACUCAUCACAUUUUCAACGAAACAGAUCCAUAUCUCGCGGACACUAUUGCCAGACUUAUUGCAAACCGUGGCUUUGAUUUGUUUUUCUCAAUAUCUCACGUAAAGGUGAUGGACUACGGAAACUAUGGAAGGUGGUUGCCCCUUCAUUCGGAAAUCUCGUUCAUGCUGGCGAUAUUGAUCAUGAAAAUGAAUGUCCUGGACAUUGGCCCGUUCUAA